UUCUUCUUUUAACAUAAGAGAGCAAAAAUAUUUUUCAAAAACAAAUUGAUGAUAAUGCCUUGUAAUACCUUGAAAAUAAUCUAAUUUAAUUAAAAAACAAUAAAGAUAUAGCAUAUCUCAUAAUUAGAAGUUUAAUUCAACCAGCUUUUUUAAAUAUUGAUAAUCUAACUAAAUUAAAUAGUAAGCCAACUUUAUUUGAUUUUGAAGAUUGUGGAAACUAUUUUUUAUAAGAUUUGUUCUCUAAUUCUUACAUGUAAAUUUUGGAAAAGCUAAAAUAAGGUUCCAUUUUUAAAAAGAUAUCCCAUGAUCCUGCAAUCAACCAAAGCUAACAAUUAAUAAUAUAAUAGAUAUAUUGCAUGUCUGCUAUUAAUCUAACUAAGUAUUCAAACUAAGAAGUUCAGGAACAAUUGUAAAUACUAGAAAAUUUAUACAAAAAUAGUAUAAAAUUAGAAUAAAAGAGUUGUAAUUUUGUAGAAGCAACAAAAACUAUGUUAAAAUAAAAGGCUUUAAAUAUAUCUUAAUACUACCUUGAUAGAAAUCCUUAAUUAAUAAAAUACUAUUCAGAACUUAACCUAAAAUAAAAUAAAAAUUAGAUGUAAUUAUAUAAUUAUAAAAUACUGCAAUUAAAGAUACAAGAAGCUUAAACUUAGAUCAAUUAGCCUUAUAUUUCAUUUCCAGAGCAAGAUAGUUAAAGCUAAAUUGACUUAUAAAACUCUUAAAAAUCAUAUGACGAAUUUUUAAGAAAAUUUUAAAAUUUAGAAAAUGUAAUAAUUGAAUCAAAUUUAAUAUAAAAAAAGCAGAUAUUGGAAUUCUAUAAGAAUGAUGUGGAGGAUUAAUUAUAAUAAUAAACUAAAUGCUAUGAAUAAAUAUAGAAUUUAAAAAGUGAUAGCCAAAAUUAAACAAAUUAUUACUUUAAAACUGAAGAAUACUAACAACUUUAGCUAUAAAAUGAAUAAAAUAUAUAGACUAAAUAAAUUAUAAACAAUGAAAAAUAAUAAAAUUUAUUAAAUGAUACUUAAGAAUAUAAAUAAAAUAUUUAAAUAAUUUUUUUAGAAAAUUAGUCUGCUACCUUUUAAUUAAAAUCUAUCUCAAAUGAAAUGAAAAAAACUACAAAAACUUAAGAUUUUAAUUUUCAAUCUGGAAUGUUUGGAUAAGGUAAAAAUGAUACAACAAUUGAAAUAUUAUAAUCUUAAAAUACUUAAAAUGAAUUAACAUAAGGAUUUCAAGAACUUGACAGCUAAUCUGAUAUAUCUUAUAAUUAAAAAUAAUGGUCAUAAUUGUACUUCAACUCUUAUUUACCUUCAUUGUAAAGAUUUGGCACGUAGAUGAGCAAAAUAUCGAUUAGCAAAACAAAUAUAUCUCAAUUAUCUAAAAUAGGAGAAUUAGGAAAGGGAGGAUAAGCAACAGUGGAAAUUUAUUAUGAUUUUUAAUAAAAAAAGAGAUACGCACUUAAAUAUUUUAAAUAACAG